CUACAAGUAUUCACAGGUCACAGGGGUAUUUCGUACGUCAUGGGUGUAGAUAACCUCAAUUAGAGAAUAACCUCUCAUUGUCAAUAGUCAUUGGCAUUGAGAGAGUUCCGACGAUUUAACCCGUGAUGUUGCGAGGUAUUCGCUAUAGAAAUUUUUAAAAUUUUCCGAGAACUGAAAUAUUGAAAAAAGUGAACAGGCGUCUGUAAGUAGAAUAAACAGAAGACAAGAAAAUCUCAGAUAGCAAAUGCACAUCCAACACUUAUAGAAUAAGAUAAUCUAAUUGUAAGAGAGAGAGAGAUGGCCGAAAAUAACGCUAUCCAGUCAAAGGACACGGAGAGCAGCGUGGAUGUCAGUCGUUUCUUGAACAGCGCCCCGCCCACGAUUUUCGACGAAAUCAUCGCAUUUCAAAAGCCUGGUUUGUUCGACGUGCAGUCGCCCUCGGUGAGCCGAUCCUCCGACUACGAUCCCCUGUCCGAUGGCGGGUCGACGAGCGCCUUCGACGCGGAUUCCCUGCGCACAUCCACGACCUCGUUGUUGGACGCCGCGGUCGAUCGGGUCGAGCACAGCGCAUUGAACGACGCUUACAGAGACGUGUGGAUACCGUCGGAACAUACGCGAAAGAUACUACGUUCCAUCGCGACCACGGCGACUGGCGCGAGUCACUUGGACCGCGAGAAUCUCACUAUGCCCGGCCUGGCUGUGCAGGGCGACAUGCCUGACUUGAUCAAGAAUGCAUCUAUCCACUUCCUAGGCGAGGACGAGAACAUCCACCGUAACGUGCUCACGGCGUCCGACGUGACGCAGGACGAGCGCGGUCUGAGGAAUCUGAUACAGGCCGGUUGCUAUCGAGCAGCGGUCAAUCUGUCCGGCAGACUGCUGGCUAUCUACGCUCAGGGCUACGGCAAGAUCAAUCAGCCCAGCAAGCACACGCCCCAUUCUCUGCAGCUCUGGUAUACAAGACUGUCGCUGCUGGCCAAAUUGCGGCAGAUGGACGUGUUGGAGAACGAGUCGAAGCCGUUCGGAAAUUUGGACAAGCCCGACAUGUAUUUCACCUUUUAUCCGGAACUGUACGGCACCAGACCAGGCUCCAUGGCGUCGUUUGCGUUCAGAUUACUGCUGGCGGAAAUUCCAUCUUACUACGGAAAAGCGAAGCAAGCAUUGGAGAGUUUGUACAAGCUAUUGGCGACCGUCAAUCAGAUUGUAUCCAAUUUCCAAGCUGGUCUCAGUGGCGAGGGGACGCAUGCAAAGAUCAGCGAAUCCGAUCAGCAAGAUGCCGUGAAACUGUGGACUGCCAGGAAAUCUAGAGUCCUGGUAUCCGUCGUCAAUUGCGCUAUCGGCAUGAGAAAUUACAUUCUCGCGAUAGAGAUACUGGAGGAUCUGUGCAAGUUGCCCGAUUGGACCGUGGAGCAGUUGGGUAUCUUAAGAUCGGCCAUAGGAAGGGUACAUUUGUUUCUCGGCGACGUUACAGCGGCGGAGAAGUUCCUUGUUCGCGUUAACAAGGAGGAAAAGGCAACGAGCGUCAGGGAGCUGGUGGACAGCGGUUUAAUGGCGGUCGCGCAGAACGCCUUCCAAGAGGCCUACAACUGCUUCCAAUCCGCGUCGUCGAUGGAUCCGUCCAACGUAAUGUUGAUUAAUAACAUGGCAGUGUGUUUGCUGUACACCGGUCAGCUGAAAGCGGCUGUGUGGUUGUUCGAGAGCGUCGUCAAUAGAAAUCCGUUGAAGAGUCUGCAAGAGCCGAUCUUAUUGAACAUGUGUACGUCGUACGAACUGCAUACGACACACUGUAAGCAACCCAAGUUGCAUCUAUUGCGGCAGCUAAAUAGAUACAAGGGCGACGCGGCCGAUAUUCAAUGUCUAAAACUAGCGAUGUAAUGAAUUAGUCAUGAAUUUGUCAUUGUUAACGUUAACACAUUGCGAUCCGAGCCCGUUAUUCUUACAAAUUAUAAUUGUUAUUGUUAUUGUUGUACUUUAAUUUAUGAAUAAGUGUACAAAGACACUAAGAUCAAAGGAUUCAGCGCAGUUACUGUUUAAAAAGAAAAAAAACUUUAUUAUAGAUUCUAUUAGAAUUAAUGUUAAAUUAAUCCACUUUAUUACAAAAUUAGAAAAAAAUUUAAGCUGGACUUAAUUUUAUUAUUUUCAAGAUUUAAUUUUCUUAUAUUGAAAGUGGAACCACCGCUGCAUUUUGACUAAAAAAAAAUUACAAAUUUUUUGCUACUGUUUUUAAAUGCAACUACUCGAAACUGUGUACUUGGGAUCGGGUCACAAAGCGUUAAGCCUCAGGGAAGAUGUAAAUGUGAUAUUAAUAAGAAUAAAAAUAUGUUUUGUUAUUUACAA